AUGGAGAAUUUGAAAUACCAUCACCAGUCUACUCAGGUAAGGUAUAAGGUACCACAAGGAAAUUAUAAUAUUAUUUCCCUGUCUGUUGUUUCAGGAUCCCUCGCAAUUUUAAAAGCCAAACACAACGAUUUAAUAAGCCCUAUGAGAUUCUGUGUAGCAGCUGUAAAAUCUUUCCCUGUCUUACCUAAUAACAGGAGUAUUGUUACUGGUGAACACCAAAAUAUUUUGAAAAGUCAAUCUAGUGAUUUUGUCGUUAAAGAUGUUACCCUUACCCAAAUGUUAUACGAAAGUAUGGAGCCCAACCUCAAAUAUACAGGAACUAUAUCUGGGACAACUGGGAGAAGCUACACAUUCGAACAAAUCAGGGUAAAAAGUAGGAAUUUUUCCAAAGUAUUGCGGGAGAAAUUCAAGUUAAAAGACGGAGAUGUUAUAGCGAUGUUUUUACCUAACGUUCCUGAGUACGUUAUAUGUUUCUUAGGAUCAUUGGAAGCUAGGCUCAUAGUGACUACUAUGAAUCCUAUGUACACAGUAGAUGAAAUAGCAAAGCAGAUUUUAGACGCUUCUCCAAAACUAAUAGUAACUCAAGCUAAUUUGGUCAGCACGGCUAGAUCUGCAUUAGAACUAACAAAACGACAACUACCUUUGAUUAUUGUUAAGGAAACGCAAGCGGAAAGUUUGCCAGAGGGCACAAUAGAUUUAUCAGAAUUAAUUAAUACACAUUUGGACGUUCCGGACCUUCAACCAGGAAAUCCAGACGAUGUAGCCAUCAUGCCGUAUUCCAGUGGAACAACGGGAUUACCAAAAGGAGUUUUGCUUACGCACAAAAACUUGACAUCCAAUCUUACACAGAUGAGUCAUCCGGACUUUUCUACGUUUCAACCUCCAACAGUACUAUUUCUAACAGCCCAUCCAGAUGUUAAAUCAGAAUAUUUUAACAAUUUGAAGACCUUGUCUUGUGGUGCAGCACCACUUGGAUCUCUUGAUGAAGAACGAUUCCUGCAAAAGGUCGGAAGAAAUAUAAAUAUAAUUCAAGGUACACCACUUGGUCCUAAUGAAAAAGGAGAGAUUUUAUUGAAAGGUCCUCAAGUUAUGAAAGGAUAUUUCAAUAGACCAGAAGAAACCAAAAACACGUUCUUGGGCGGUUGGUUAAGGACUGGUGAUAUAGGAUAUUACAAUGAAGAUAAUAUGUUAUAUAUUACUGAUAGACUGAAAGAGCUUAUUAAAGUAAGAGGCUUCCAAGUAGCUCCCGCUGAAUUAGAAGAAAUAAUAAGGGACCAUCCAUCUGUAGCUGAAGCCGCUGUGAUAGGUAUUCCUCAUCCCCUGAGUGGAGAAGUACCCAGAGCCUAUAUUGUUCCUAAGAAAGACAAAACUGUAGAUCUUGAAGAACUAGAUCAAUACGUGUCAAACAAAGUAGCUAAAUAUAAGAAGAUCGCAGGUGGAAUCCAAAUAGUUGACGUUAUUCCUAAGAAUCCGUCUGGAAAGAUAUUGAGGCGAAAACUGAAGGAAAACUAUCUGGAAAAAGAAAUGUAGUAAAAUAUUUAAGAUAAAUGGAUUAUAAGGAGGAGCGAAUGGUUUUAUAUCGUACACAUUAGGUUUAUUCCAACAAACGGUCAAACCAGUCAGAAAAUAUUAGCGAAUAGUCGACCAGCGCAAGUAGAAGGACUAGCACUGAUGACUGUAUUAAGAUUCUCUCACUGACCAACUGCUUGCCAACGAUUUCUUACUAGUUUGACUGUUUUAAGGAGUAGAGCUAUUAGAUGUGGUGAAGAUUUACAAAUUUUAUUAUGGACUGUUUUAAUUUAAUCAUUGUUGGUAUUAAAUAAAGUUUCUUAGUUGCAUUUUAAUUUA